AUGGCUCAGAGUUCAACGUAUUACCAUUCAAAAAAUUAUCCAUCAACGUCAACAGAAAGUAACAUGCAUUCAGGUCAACAAAAUCGCACACAAAACCAACAACCAUCGCGGCAAAGUGAUUCAGACAACGUUUACGACAACUCAUCAUCAGUACCUUUCUUUUAUAAUAACGAACGAAUAAAUCGUCCAAAUAACAAUUAUCAUCAUUCGCAAAAUAGACGUAAUCGAUGGACUCCGAGACAUACUCAAUACACAAAUCGUAUGCCUCUGCCGCCACAGCAACAACAAUCAUAUGCUGAAGAUAACCAAUAUGAAAAUAAUCAACAAGUAUCAUCGUUCAAUAAUCGACGAAUUAACAAUUCUCAUUCAAGAUAUUCAAAUUUCUCUGACACAAACAACGGCAAUUUUUAUUAUCAUCAACAAUAUUAUCAACAACCCAUUCAACAACAAUUCUUUUAUAAUUCUAAAUCAACGCAACAAAAUGAGACUGAAGAUAGUGGAAAAACAGAAAAUUUACGAUCAACAUUGAUUGAACAACUUCGUGUGAAUGAUUAUGAUUGUAUGAUAUGUUUUUCAAAAAUACAACGUGAACAACCCAUAUGGAGUUGUGAAGUAUGUUAUAAAAUGUUUCAUUUAUUUUGUAUUAAAAAAUGGGCAAAUUCUGAAGAAAGUGGACUGGAAAAAGAAUGGCGAUGUCCCGGCUGUCAAAAAAUUAAUAAUUAUGUACCAAAUUAUCUUUGUUUUUGUCGGAAAAAACAUGAUCCAUUAUUUAUGCCAGGCGAAACAUCACAUGCAUGCGGUGAUGUGUGUGGCAAACAUUUGAAUACAAAAUCGGCAGAUUGUACACAUAUAUGCACAGAACUAUGUCAUCCUGGACCAUGUCCGACGUGUACAGCAGUUGUUAAACGCUCGUGUUUAUGUGGUAGCGAAAAACAAUCCGUUGUUUGCAGCUCCCAAGCAAUUAUUAAAUGCGAAAAUGUUUGCAAUAAACUAAAGAAUUGCAAAAAACAUUCGUGUAACGUUAUUUGUCAUCCCUCUUCAUGUGAUUUAUGUACAGACACCGUUAAACAAAGUUGUUAUUCACAUGGAAAUGAGCGUGAAGUACCAUGUACAGCUGAUACAAGUGAUACCGUCCAUUAUACCUGUGAUAAAAUAUGUAAUAAACUAUUGUCAUGCGGAAAUCAUUAUUGCCAGAUGCAAUGUCAUUACGGUUCGUGUUCCUCAUGUCCGUUAUUGCCAGAAAACUGUAAAACAUGUAGUUGUGGUAAAACAUUGCUAACUGAAUUGCUCGAUGUUGAACAACGAACAUCUUGUCUUGAUCCUGUACCUGUUUGUAACAAACGUUGUCAUAAAACGUUAGAAUGUGGCCCACUAACUGAUAAACAUACAUGUGAAUCGCAAUGUCAUAAUGGUAUAUGCCCACCAUGUGAGAAAACAACAGUUUUAAAAUGUCGAUGUGGAAAUACAACAAAACCAGUGCCGUGUCCGGAGGCUCUACUAUAUGAUACUCGAACAAAUCCAUUUCUCUGCGACAGACGUUGCAAUAAAAAGAAAAUGUGUGGAAAACAUCGUUGUACAAAUUUAUGUUGUAAUCAAGAUAUUCACAUUUGUGAUUUAGUUUGCGGUAAACAGUUAAAUUGUGGAAUACACACUUGUACUGAUUUAUGUCACAAAUCAUUGUGUAGAAAGUGUAUGGUAAACUCGUACGAAGAAUUGACAUGUGAAUGUGGAAAAUCUAUCAUACCACCACCUGUGCCUUGCGGUACAAAAUCACCAACAUGUACUGAAAAAUGUCAACGAACACAUCCUUGUGGUCAUCCAGUUUACCAUUCCUGUCAUAAUGAACCAGAAUGUCCACCUUGUACUCAUCUUGUGUCGAAAAUGUGUGUCGGCGGUCAUACCAUUCGUGAUAAUGUACCAUGUCAUUUAAAAGAUGUUAUAUGUGGUCAAUUGUGUGGUAAACUUUUAGUAUGUGGCGUUCAUCUUUGCCAACGAUUUUGUCAUACGGGAACAUGUUUAGCCCCAGAUCAAAAGUGUCCCCUAAAAUGCGAAGUUAAACGCCAAUCAUGUCCCCAUUCUUGCAAUCUGCCAUGUCAUGGUCGCGAUCCAUGUCCCAAAACCGUAUGUCGUUAUCUCGUUCAAGCAAAAUGUGCAUGUGGUCGUUUAACAAAAGAUGUUUAUUGUAAUACAAAACCAAAUGAUGAUCAACAUCGAUCCGUUAAUAACUUGGCGCAAUCGUUGACUGAGGCACUAUCUGUUCGUACAAUUGAUAUCGUCCGCAAACGAAAUGAACCAGAAUAUUAUCAAGCGCCCGUCUUAGAAUGUGAUGAUGAUUGUAAAAUUGCUCAACGUAAUCGAAGUUUUGCUCAAGCAUUAAAUAUCAAUGUUGAUGAACAUCGUUCACAACUACAAGCGGGACAAGCAUUACAAUAUUCAGAUUGGCUAAAAGAUAUUGCACGACGAAACACUGACUUCGUACAAAUGGUUGAAAAAUGUUUACAACAAUUAGUUGAUGAUACAAUCAAAUAUAAAGUAUCAAAGCGAUGUUACUCAUUUAAACCGAUGAAAACACAAGACCGAAAAUUUAUUCAUGAAUUAGCCGCAUUUUACAAUUGUGAAACACAAGCGCAGGAUCCCGAACCACAACGAAAUGUUGUUGCUUUCGCAUCAUUUGGUACCUGUAAAUUGCCAAUACAAACAUUAAGUGACGUUGUGAAACGAGAAAAAUUAAAAGUUCCUCCUCCCGUGCAACUUUUAUAA